AUGGAGGUAGGCGCAGAUUAUAUUGUUAAUUCUGCAAAAUCUUGUGAUCACUGUGAUGAUGAUGAUUCAUGUGAUAAUUUUUCUAGAUCUUGUACUGUCAUUGGUAAUAAUUCUUCUAAUAUUUCCAAUGAUUCAAUGAAACAUACAUUAGGAGAUGCUGAUGAACUUGUAGCACCUUUAAUCUAUAAGGAUGAAAUUUCUGAGACGAGUUCUCGGGUAGAUGACAAUAUGGAAAGUGAUCCAUUGGAAGCCGAUCCGGUAAAAGAAACUGUUCCAUAUGGUUCUCCUCCUGGGAUAUCAGAUAUGCGGCAACCUAAUGUUGAUCCCUUAACCACAAUGACUGUUAGUAAUUCAGAGCAUGCUGAAAAUUUUUUAACAUCUUCUGCAUUACCAGGUUCUCUGUUCGGACAAAUGGAAAAAGGCUUACAAACCCCAUCUCUAAUUGGUAUGAAUAAAACAUUAGAUAAAAUACAUGACACAACGGAUAGAUUACGAAGUCAUACAACUGGCUCUUCAAGAGGUGGCAAUACAAUUAAACCAUCUUUUGUAUAUGUCAAAUCUGGUGAACCAUUUGGAGUAAAUCCUGUUAGUAGACGGCAGAGAAGGACACGGAAAGAAUUUCGUAAACUGUCAGCAAGGCCACAAGUCGAAAAAUUUGAAAACUUAUUUGUGAAUACAAAUAGAUGUAGUAAUGUUCAUGUUGGAGAAGGAAGAGUGAAAAUAAAGAAGGAAGAUAAUGUACAAGCACGUUCGGAUGUACUAAAUGAAUACAACAGUGAUGAAUGGGAUAUGAUUAAAGGAUAUUUCUUAGAUAUAUGUAUAGAAGAGCUUAUGAAUAAUAAAAAUGAACAAAUAAAUCAUUAUAUGGUACAAAGUGAAUUAGUAUUAAAUUAUGGUGAAGGUGAACUAUAUAAUACUAAUGCAUUAAAAAGGAAAGAACUAUGGAAUAAAUGGAUAAAAAACUAUAGGCAUUUAUUAGACGGCAGAAGAAAAGAACCUUGGUUCCAAAACUUAAAGUUUAAAUGGAUAAAUGAAAUGAGGAAAUAUAUAGAUACAAAUAAAAAUUCAAAAAGGAUGAAAAAUGUAAAAUGUACUAUUAAAAAUCCUAUUCUAGAAAAGCAAAAAGUGGUUUGGAAAAAUUGGUUUUCAAAGGAAAAACAUAUGAUAAAACAGUAUUGUAGAGAAAUAUGGUUUAAGGAAUUAAUUAAAGAAUAUGAGGGAGAAAUACUUACAUAUAGUAAUGCAGAUGAAGAAAAAAUGUUAAUUACAAUUAUGGAUAGUUUAAGAAAUAAAAAUGAUAAAAAAGAAUUCAACAAAUGUUUAAGAGAACUUCUUACAGCAAAAGCAUUUGUACUGAUAUAUAUGAUGGUAUUAGAAGAUUGUAUGAAAAAUGAAUAUAGUAAGAGCAAUGAUCAAUUUUUAGACCCUUCCUUCGAAAAAAGGGAUAAAAUGGAAUAUCUCAACAGAAAUUUAAAUGAUGAUUCACAUGUAAUGGAUGAUCGUGAAAUAAAUGAAAAUUUAUUUGAAAUGGAAUAUAAAAAUGGAAAAUAUAGUAGACGUUGUAAAGAAUGUAAGUCAGGAUAUAAAAAAUUUAUAAAUACAUAUUUAACUUGGGAAGUGGUUUUGUUAUUUGCUCUUUUUUCAGUGUUUUAUAUAAUAAUAUCUAAAUAUAUAAAGGAUAAUAAAAUAGAUAACGAAACAAAAUAUCUAUUUAGGUCAAUGGAGAGUGCAGGUCAUUUUACGCAGGGUGUUUUGUUUACCUUUUUGUUAGUUCCUUUUAAAUUUAAUGAACAAAUUAUAAAAAAACUUUUUAAUUUUUCUUUUCAAAAUGAAAUGUAUGAAAAUAAAAUAAAAGGAAUAUAUGAAUUUAUCGAUGGACGUAACAUAAACGAGUGUUUGGAAGAAAGAGAACGAGAUAAGAACAUUAUGGCACUUGAGGAAGAGGAAUUGUCAUUUGGAAAUGAUCGACGUUAUAGUACUAGCAGUAGUAGUUAUAGUGAUAGUAGCAGUUUCAAUAGUAAUUAUAGUCUUAAUGAACAUUCAAUUAGAAAUUGGAGAAAUGAUGAUACGGAAAAAAACUCAGCAAGUAAAUGGUUUUUAAGGAAAUUAAUUUUCCCUGUUAAUACACCAGAAUAUAAAAAGAAACAAGUGGAAAAUUUUUUUAUGUGCUCAAAAUUAUAUGAAUCGAAAGGAAUCCGUAUUCUAUUUUUAAUGAAAUAUAUAUGUCACUUCAUAUUGAUGUUUACAUACCCUUUAUAUAAUUUAAUAAAGAGAAAGAUUCGUCAUGAAAAUUUUAUUAAUUCUUCCUAUUUUUUUAAUUUGUUUGAUUUUGCAUCAGGCAUGUUAAGCGGAGCAUUGUUUACCUUAUUAUAUGGAUUUAUCGCAUGUACAAUUCAAUAUUAUAAAAACAAAAAAAAAGAAAACAGAAAAGAAAUUCAUUUUUAUAAUAACUAUCCCUUUAUAAGGAACAUAAAUUGCUUAUGUGACGAAAACGUGCGGAUUAAUAUAAAAAAUAAUACCAAAUUAAAAAGCAUGGCAACAAAUUACUACAAAAUGUAUUAUAUUUAUAAAAACCUACUUUUUGCGGGCUUAAUAAUUUUAUAUAUUAUAAGCACGAUUGCGUAUAUUUUUUCGUCAUUACCUUCUAAAAAUUAG